AUGACUCCGCCUAGACGUGUCUGCUAUUACCUGUUUUUGGUUUUAAUUUUGUUUCUGGCGAUCACCCUAUAUUUAAAUAUCAUUGCCGUUGAGAGGACAUCGGUAAAAAGUGGUCACAAACAUACGUUGGAUCCGCUGUUCGAGAAGGUCAGAGUUCUCUGCAUGAUACCUUAUGAUUAUAAUGACCCUGAGACUGCCAAAUAUGUAAAACGCACUUGGGGAAAACACUGCAAUGUAUUGCUUUUCGUGAGUGGUAAUAUCGAUCGCGAAUUGGAACCCUAUGUGCCCGUGGUCAAUUCAACGGACAAGUGGACUUUGGUCCAACGUGGGCUGAUGCACGCCUAUCUAUUUUAUGGCGACGAAGUCGAUUGGGUCCUCAAAGUCGAGCCCUCUAGCUUUGUAGUUGUGGAGAAUCUCCGGUAUUUGAUAGAUAGAAGAAAAUAUCUGCCCAGUCAACCGAUCUAUUUUGGCUAUGAACUCGAGAACAUCGUCACGCAUGAGCCCUUUAUCCACGAUAGCAGUGGCUAUGUGAUUAGUCGCGAAGCCCUGAGGCGAUAUACAAACGCAUCAAUGGAUCCCGAGAUCAAGGAAUGCCUCCAUUGGAAGGGAUAUGUUGAAGGACUGGAUAUACAUCGAUGUCUGAGCCAUGUCAAUGUAAAAAUAGUCGAAAGUCGGGAUGACCUUGAGCACGAGACAUUUCUGCCCAUUCCAAUGAAGCACCAGUUUUUGGGAGGCUACGAUAAUAUUAGAUGGCUUCGAAACUUAACCUAUCAUAAAGUGCCAGGGAACACAGUUCCAAUAUCCAAGCGCGCCAUAACAUUUCGGGUGGGCUAUCCGCCUGAAAUGUACGAUUACUAUUAUUUUGUUUAUCGAUUGAAAAUCUUUGGCAACCCCGUGCAAACUCUAUAGAAUUCCGACCAUAAUAAAGGACUCACCUCUGGCAGCUGGCGUUG